UGUCACGGUCUUCAUAGUCGUCGAGGUUGGCGGUUCGCAACCCCCACACAUUCAUUCAUACAUAACGCAUUGCACUCCAAAUUAGGUUAAAUUUGGUAAUCCUUCAUUGGCUUUCUUUUCUUGGGAUCGAAGAGAAGAGAAUUUGGGAGAUUCAGAUCUGCUUGCGUCUCUGAGAGAGAAGAAAGAGAUUUUCGGAAAUGGCGACGGUGUCCCCUCUCGCCAAAUACAAGCUCGUUUUCUUGGGCGAUCAAUCCGUCGGGAAAACCAGCAUCAUCACCCGCUUCAUGUACGACAAAUUCGACACCACCUACCAGGAAAUAUAUUGGGUAUACAGUCCGUGGGUAUAUAUACCUUGUGAAAGAUAGGAAAAGAAAGAGAGAAAUGAAUGAUAUCGCGCGUAAUGCGACUACCCGAAGAGAAAAUGAGAGAAAUGAGAUGAAAGUACACUGCUGGUGGCAUGUGAAAGGUUGUCUUGUUUUUGCUUAUAUUGGUAUUUGGUUAUUUAAAUUUCAGGCAACCAUUGGUAUUGACUUUUUGUCAAAAACAAUGUACCUGGAAGAUAGAACUGUUCGCUUGCAGCUUUGGGAUACUGCCGGGCAAGAAAGAUUUAGAAGUCUCAUUCCAAGCUACAUAAGAGAUUCUUCUGUUGCAGUUAUAGUUUAUGAUGUUGCUAACAGGCAAUCAUUUCUGAACACUAACAAGUGGGUUGAGGAGGUUCGCACAGAACGUGGCAGUGAUGUUAUUAUUGUCUUGGUUGGAAACAAAACUGAUCUUGUUGAUAAAAGGCAAGUUUCAAUAGAAGAAGGAGAUGCAAAGUCCCGUGAGUUUGGAAUCAUGUUCAUAGAAACCAGUGCAAAAGCAGGCUUCAAUAUCAAGCCUUUGUUUCGUAAGAUUGCUGCUGCCCUGCCAGGGAUGGAAACUCUUUCUUCCACAAAGCAGGAAGACAUGGUCGAUGUAAAUUUAAAGCCCACAGUGAAUUCAUCCCAGACAGAGCAGCAAGGAGGAGGUUGCUCCUGCUAGAGAAGACUAUCUCAAAAGUGCCAAUAGUAAGUAGUUCACUGAAUAUGAUUCUGGGAUUGGCUGAUUAAAUGGUUAAUGAUGGUGCUGGAGGAAGCGUGCUUUCGUAGCAAUGAUCAUUCAAUUUUUGGGUGGGGGGACAAAUUACAGUAGUGGUUUUGAUGUACGAACGUUCUUUUUAUUUGUUAUACAAUUAGUCCCUUGAUGUUAGAAUACAGAUAAUAAACAAGCUCCCUCGAUCCGUCAUAGGUUUAUGGUUAUACUAUAGAAAUGCAUAGCUUAUGCCGAAGGCAAGACAAGACUUAUGUAACCCUCCAUCUGGCCCUUGUUCUUUUGGUGGCAUCGAUUGUCAUCCAAAGCAGAGUUGGUUGGUUUGUAGAGUCAAUUUGGAUCUUUUUAACUGAGACCCUACUGUUAGAAUUCCCUUGUUGAAAUUGUUGAACGAUCUAUCUAGGCUUAGAUAAGCAUAAAAGAAAAAUAUUAAUUCACGUAA